AUAUAUAUAAAUAACACAUCCUCUUCUUUCCCUUCAAUUCUCUCUGCUUUUCCUUCAUAUCCACCACUUCCUUUUCUCUCUCUCACUUUCUUUCUUUCUUUCUUCCCCAUUUUCCAUAUAUCUUCGUCUUUCUUUUUCUUUUUCUUCUUUUUUUUUUUUUUUCCCCCCCUACUUACUACACUCACUCACUCAUGGAAUUAGCCCCUGAAGAAUUCGUGGGUUCCAACAGCAACAACAACAACGAUGAGUCCCAGUCCCACCUGAUCGUCAAAGGCAAGCGCACCAAACGCCGCCACCGAUCACCUUCUUCUCCAUCUCCUCCUACUCUACUUGCUGCCACUUCCAGCUCUUCCAGCGCCACCGCCGGAGGAGACGAAUACUUAUCCCUUUCAUCUCCAACCACCUCCUCCGGAGGAGGUGGCUGUGGUGGUGGCGGCGAGAUUUACGAAAGCACCGAAGAAGAAGAAGACAUGGCCAACUGUUUGAUUCUUCUAGCUCAAGGCGAUCAUGCUUUCAAACAGAUCGAAAAGCUAAGUCCCACCAUCACCACCACCACCACCACCACAGCCGCUAACACUUCUGUCUCCGGCGUAGGCAAAGCCGGUUUCUUCGUCUACGAGUGCAAGACAUGUAAUCGGACUUUCCCUUCGUUUCAAGCACUCGGUGGACACAGAGCAAGCCACAAGAAGCCUAGAGCCGCCAUGGUUGAAGACAAGAAAGCUUCACCACCAAUAUCAACCAAUAUUAUGGAUAUUGAAUAUGAAGACGUUCUGGUUUUCAAUAAAGUUAAUAGUACUAGUAAUAUUACCACUGCUCCACCAACAAGUCAUAAUAAUUCUAUGCCUCUCCAACAAAUUGCUAAUGUCAAGGCAUUCAUUCAGAGCAACAAGGCGGCCAAAAUCCACGAGUGUUCCGUUUGUGGAUCGGAGUUCACUUCUGGUCAAGCUCUGGGUGGUCAUAUGAGAAGGCAUAGAGCGGCUUCGAGUGCUCAGAGUUUGGAAAUCGUUACUAAUACAAGUACUAGUACUAGUACUACAAGAACCUCCAACAACUCCUCCAUGGAUGAGAUGAAACAGAGGAAUAUUUUGGCUUUGGAUCUUAACCUUCCGGCGCCGGAAGACGAUCACCACCGGGAGUCUAAUAAGUUCCAGUUUGUACCCACCCAACAAGCUCUUGUCUUCUCCUCCCCUGCCUUGGUAGAUUGUCAUUAUUAAAAA